AUGAAUGCUACUGUCGAUGGAGAAAUUGUGGCCAUCCGGGGUGCCAGCAUGCUCCUGUCGGGUGAUGUUUCAUUUUAUAUUAAUAAUUGCGGCCAGCAAAAAUGGCUGAUGGAAAAUAAACAUCUGUGGUCUAAAGAAGUUCAUGUAGACCUAGAAUCGACCCCCAGCACCUUUUUGGUGAUGGCUCAUGGCGUACUGAGAUCUUUUGACAUUGGAAAUCCGGCUAGUAUUGCGCUACUGGCUUCUGAAAACAACUUUCAGGCAACCAACUUGGCUAGAGUGAGAUGGAUGGGCUCAAACAAAGGAACAGCUAAGAAGGCUGGUUCAAUCAUUUUAUCUUUCACUAAUAAAGACUUAGCCAUCCGCGUUGAAAAAUCCGGCAUCUUUUUGAAUUAUGACUUCCACAGGACCAACCGAUUCAAACCCCACCCUCCACAGCGCUUUAAAUGCUUGCAGAUGGGAAAUUUUGGCAAAUGGUGCCGGGAAACGGCUUGUUGUGCCAAGUGUGCUGGGAAACACUCAAUGAAUGAAUGCCCCAAAGGCAUUGGUAACAUCAAAUCCUGUGUCCUCUGCAAAGAAGGCUUGAAGAAUGAGAUUGAAGGAAUCACUGAUAUCAACCACAUCCCUUUUGACAAGCUUUGCCCUUACAAGAAGGCCUGGCUUGAGAAGCGCCCCCUUCCGUCUCAAUGA